AUGACUUCGUGUCCAUGGAUCUUGACAAUAAUUUUGAGGGUGCACGGCACUAUUAUCCCAAUAAGAGCGUGGAAGGAGAGGCAAAGGAACCUCUUCGAGGAUGGAGAUUGUCCGGAAGAGGAUCGGGUUCUUCUUGUAUUGGUGGUGGAUUUGGAUCAGCGAUCUCAUCUAGGCGUUGAUCCUCUUCAUCCACUAGAAGGCAAAGGAAUUGAGGGCGGGUUAUAUCUCGUGUCCUUUAGUGAACGAAGAGUCACGCUUAUAACACAAGCCUCUUUCGCAUCUGGUGGCCAUCUCAUUCAAUCAGAUGAAUGGGAACCUUUUUCCAAACUUCCCAUCAACUGCAAAGCUCCCUUCACAUUGGGACUAACACAAAGCCAUCUUCAAGCAAAGAGCUCAUUUCAGUCCAAGAUGGAUCCCUCAGAGACCAAUCCUUGUUGCCAAAACAACCUUUCAAGAUUUAGCAGGAAUGGGACAAAACCUGUCAAGGAGAAUGCAACACUUGAGCUAAAGAAAGAUGGUAACUUUGUGCUCACUGACAUUAAUGGCACCAUUGUUUGGAGUACUAUCACAUCAGGCAAGCCAGUUUCAGGGAUUAAUCUCACAGACAAUGGGGAGUUUGAUGUUGUUUUGAUAGUGAGAACAACAUCAUUUGGAACUCUUUUGAUUUCCCAGUUGAUACACUGCUGCCUGGACAGAGACUGGUGGCUUGGCAGAGACUGUGGUUUCUCUUCUUUCAUAGAAUCUGAUGGAAUACCUCAGGUUUACUAUAGAAAAGGAAGUGUUACCAUUAAUUCAGAGGAUGAGGAGGCAUAUCUGCAGUUCAUGAAUGGCAAUGUAAGUUUGGUUUUGUCUUCAAAGAAUCAACUGAUGCCUCCGGUGCCACCGACAUCAUCGCCACAGUUCUUGAGGCUUGAUCCUGAUGGUCAUCUGAGGUUAUAUCAGCUUGAAGGGUUUAUGAAGUGGAAAGUGGUUGCAGACUUGUUAGAUGAUCAAUUGGAUUACUGUGAUUAUCCUUUGGCUUGUGGAUAUUAUGGUGUUUGUUCAAACAAGCAGUGUAGUUGUCCACAAGGGGGAGGAAACCAAACCCUGAAUUACUUCUCUGCAGUGAAUUAUGAUGAUCCAGUGCAGGGUUGUACUAGUGUGACUCCAUUGGAUUGUCAGAAAUCUCAGAAACAUCAUCUUUUACAUCUUGAGAAUGUUUACUACUUUCACCAUGAUAUAACUUCUCAGAGCAAAGUCAGUGUGGAGACUUGCAAGGCCCAGUGCUUGACUCAAUGUGGUUGCAAGGCAGUUGGAUUUUGCCAGAAUUCAACAGCUCUGGUGGGCAGUGUACUUUUGGAUCAGCCAACUCUUCUCAAUGAAAAAGAGCUCGGCAAUCCGAAUAUAGCUACAAUUCAUCAGUUUUUCUCAAAGUUCAGGAAAAGGUGCGAGCAAGAGGAUGAAUAUCUCAAAUGGGACAUUAGUGCAGAGAACUACUUCAAUUUGAAUCAUGCUUCUGAAUUACCCGUGAAAUUUUGUUUCGAAGAUUUGAGGAAUGCUACUCAUGACUUCAGUAAAGAGCUUGGACGAGGAGGAUCGGGUUCGGUGUUUGAAGGAAUUCUUAGUAAUGGCAGGAAAGUUGCAGUGAAACGAAUGGAAAGGAUAUCACAAGGGAAGAAGCAGUUCUUAGCAGAGAUUGAAACAAUUCACGGCAUUCAUCACAUCAAUCUGGUAAGACUGAUCGGGUACUGUGUCGAAAAAUCAUACUAUUUCUUGGUCUAUGAAUUCAUGUCAAAUGGAUCAUUGGAUAAAUGGAUCUUCAACAAAGACAAUAAUCAUAAGCUUGAUUGGGGGAUUAGACUUCAGAUUAUCAUCAACGUCGCAAAGGGAUUGUCUUAUCUCCAUGAAGAUUGCUGCAAGAGGAUACUUCAUUUAGACAUCAUGCCACAGAACAUUCUCUUGGAUGAGAAUUUCAAUGCUAAGAUUGCUGAUUUCGGUCUUUCUAAAUUAGUGGAAAGGGAUCAAAGCAAAGUUAUGACAACAAUGAGAGGAACACUUGGUUACUUAGCUCCAGAAUGGUUGAACUCAGUAAUUACUGAGAAGGUCGAUGUUUACAGCUUUGGAAUUCUUGUUCUUGAGAUCAUUUGUGGCAGGAAAAACUUUGAUUUCUGUCAACCUAUAGAGGACAUUUACCUAUUGAAACUAGUGAAAGAAAAGGCACAUGAUGAUAGAUUGCAUGAAAUUGUAGCAAAGGAUGAUGGGAAUAUGGAGCUCCACAUGGAAGAGGCUGUGAAAAUGAUCAGAGUUGCCAUGUGGUGUUUACAGAGUGAUCACAAUUUGAGGCCUGCAAUGUCAAAGAUUGUUAAAGUUUUGGAAGAUGGUAUUGAUAUCAACACAACCAUUAAUUAUGAAAUUUUGAUUCCGUCUGCAUCGUCUGUCAUUGAUAAACUUUCGCAUCCAUUUUUCAAUUCGGCUUUGCUUGGAAUAUGA